AUGUCCUCCUCUGUACCUCGCGCCGCCAAACGACUUCGAUUAGCCGCUCCCCAAGGAUGGCAGCCACAGCAGCCGCCUCAAAACGAUAAGACGACGCAUUUCGGGUUUGAGACUGUGGCAGAAUCUGUGAAGGCGUCAAGAGUUGGUGCUGUUUUCUCGUCAGUGGCUAGCAAUUACGAUGCUAUGAAUGAUUUCAUGUCUCUCGGCAUUCAUCGAUUAUGGAAAGAUCACUUCGUGCGGAAUCUGAACCCGGGAGUGCGAUACUCCUCAUUACAGAAAGAGCCGCGUGGACAGAAAAUAUUGGACAUUGCUGGUGGCAGUGGAGAUAUUGCGAUACGCAUGCUCGAUCAUGCAACCAACAUCAAUGGCGACAAUACCACACAUGUGACAGUCUCUGACAUCAACCCCGACAUGCUGAACGAAGGCCGGAAACGAUUGGCUGCAACACCUUAUCAGGCUGCCGGCAGAGUCGAUUAUCUCGAAGCCAACGCCGAAGAUCUCAACACGGUCCAGAGCAAUAGCAUCGACCUCUACACAGUGGCAUUUGGUAUCCGAAACUUCACGCACAAGGAUAAGGCAUUGAGGGAAGCCUUUCGGGUACUGAAGCCUGGUGGCGUGUUCGCAUGCCUUGAGUUCGCACCUCAGCUGUCAAAUCCUCUGCUGAAUGGCUUGUACAAGAGGUGGUCAUUCAGUGCUAUACCGCUCAUCGGACAGAUUGUUGCAGCGGACAGAGACAGCUAUCAGUAUUUGGUGGAGAGUAUUGAGAACUUCCCUUCCCAGCCGGAAUGGGCAAAGAUGAUACAGGAUGCUGGAUUCUUGAUACCUGGACAGCAGAGUGAUGGAACCAUUACAGAUGCUGGCUGGGAGAACUUGAGCAUGGGCAUAGCUGCUAUUCACAAGGGUGUGAAGCCGUUGUAG